CUCAAAUUAAGAAAAAAGGUUGUGAAAAGUUUAUCAUAACCAAACAAUAAGAAUAAAAAGUGAACAUUUUAUAUAAACUAUUUCAUCAAAGUUUUUUGAUUCAUAAUUUUAUAUCUCAACCAUGAAGUUUCAACAAGCCAAUGAGUUUUUCAAUGGAAAGUACCAAACAACAACAACAAGAAAAAAAACUACCAAAAGUGUUGUCCUUAUUCCAUUCACUCUUCUUCUCAUCAUGGUUCUUCUUACUCUCAUGAAAAACACAAAUGAAUCUCCAAUGUUGUCAUCUAUAAGCAACAUGAACAUAACAAAAACAGAAACAAAUACAAAUACAAAAACAUGUGACAUCUUUUCUGGUAAUUGGAUUCCUUAUCUUGAAGAACCUUAUUACAACAAUGAAACAUGCAAUUUGAUAACAGACCAACAAAAUUGCUUGAAGUUUGGAAGAGAUGACAAAGAGUAUCUUCAUUGGAGAUGGAAGCCAAAUGAAUGUGACCUUCCACUUUUUAAUGCAACUCAAUUCUUAAAGCUUGUUAGAGGAAAGAAGAUAGCUUUUGUUGGAGAUUCAGUUGGGAGAAAUCAUAUGCAGUCUUUGCUGUGCCUCUUAAGUCAAGUGUCACAAUACGAGGACAUUUCUCAUAAAUAUACAUCAGAUGUCAUAUAUUUCAGACGGUACUUUUUUGCUGAUUACAAUUUCACCCUUGGAAAUCUAUGGUCACCAUAUUUUGUGAGAUCAAUUGAUGCUGACCCAAAUGGUCAUUCAUAUGAUAGCAUCAUGAAACUAUAUGUAGAUGAGGUAGAUGAAGCAUGGUCUAGUAAAGUUGAAAACUUUGACAUUAUAAUAAUCUCAGCAGGACAUUGGUUUUUUAGACCUUUAUUGUACUAUGAAAAGGGUCAACUUGUUGGAUGCAACAAAUGUGGUAUGGAAAAUGUGACAGAGCUUGGUCACUACUAUGGAUAUAAAAUGGCAUUUAGGACUGCAUUUAGAACCUUAACAAAUCUUGAAAAUUAUAAAGGUGUCACAUUUUUAAGGACAUUUUCUCCAUCACAUUUUGAGAAUGGUGAUUGGAACAAAGGAGGGAAUUGUGUAAGGACAAAGCCAUUUGACAAGGAAGAAAUGAAAUUAGAUGGUUACAUUAAAGAGACAUAUUUGACACAAGUGAAUGAAUUUAAUGUAGCACAAGAGGAAGGUUCAAAGAAGGGUUUGAAGUUUUUUAUGAUAAAUACAACUGAAAUUAUGUUGUGGAGGCCUGAUGGACAUCCUAACAAUUAUGGACAUUCUAAGGAACAAAACGUGACAUUCAAUGACUGUGUUCAUUGGUGUUUACCUGGUCCUGUUGACACGUGGAAUGAAUUUUUGUUAUAUAUGUUGAAUGUAGAAAGUCACACAUCUUCAAAGCUAGAGAGUGUUUUUUAACACAAGAUUUACUAUGUUAACUGCAUGGAAAAUAUUGUUUAUGAUUUAUUUAUUUAUUGAGGGUUUGCCUAAGUCUAUUGUAAUAUUUUCAUGUAUUUACAAAAAAGGGUAGAGGGAAAUGGGGAAGAGAUUGAUGAAUGUAUUUAUUUACUGUUACUAUAUAGAUAAUAACAUAUAGAAUGUAUAUGCAAAAUGAUUUGUGAUUUUUAUAACAUUUAUUUAGUGGAA